AUGGACCGUGCAAUUGACCCAGCUCAGGGCAGUGCCCCGCCUGAGGAUGGAGAACAGCCCGGAGGGUCCCCCGAGCCGCGGCCACCAUGGCCUCCGCCGCUGCCUGCUCCACCAACGGUUCCUCCGCCACCCGCUCCUCCACCGCUCCCUGAGCCUUCGCCAAUACUGGUACCAGAGCCUGCUCCAGGACCUUGUCUGGAAGCGACUCCAGAAACAGCCACAGAACUAGACGCAGAACCUGCCCCAGAGCCGGCCCUAGAGCCAGCCCGGGAGCCAGACACAGAACUUGCCCCAGAGCCAGCCACAGGCUCGGUCCUAGAACCAGCCCUAGGGCCGGCUCUAAAACCUUACCUAGACUCGACCCCAGACUCUUUCUCAGAACAGGUCCCAGAAUCGACCUCAGAACCUGCUUCACGUCAGGCUCCAGACUUGACCACAGAGCCGCCCCCAGAACGCCAACAGGCCCUAGAGCUGUGCUCUGAGCCAGCUCCAAGGUCUUGUUCGAAGCCGAGUCCAGCACCAUGUCUAAUGCAGUGUCCGGUGGUCCCCGGAGAGGGAGGUAUAAAGAUCUCGCCACUGCCAUCACCCCGAACGCCAAUGACAUGGUCCAGAAUAAAGAAAAUACUGAAAGAAGGACCUCUGUUGAAGAACUGCAGCUCCUUGAAGAGAUGGAAGCUUAGAUAUUUUCUGGUUCAAGUAUAAAAACUCCACUUUGCACACCAUCCUUCGUUUGUACACUUUGAAACAAUUGACCUGUCUCAGGUGGCCUUGGCAGAAAGCAGCUGUAGAAAUCUUUAUCAUGGCUUUUCUGUUAUCACACCACAACAUAAAGUCACCUUGGCUGCACCCAACCGGAAAGACAUGGAAGAAUGGAUUAAUGUCAUAAAAACUGUCCAACAGGGAGAAGUCCGUAAGAUACCUGCAGCAGAAAACAACCCUUUCCUCAUUGGAAUGCAUUACUGGUAUUCCAGCCACAGUUCCAGAAUUCAGUUCUGCAAUGUUUGUCGAGAGAGCAUUCCUGCCUUAUCUCGAGAUGCCAUCAUCUGUGAAGUAUGCAAAGUGAAAUCUCACAGAUUAUGUGCUUUGAGAGCAAGCAAAGACUGCAAAUGGAAUACCUUGUCCAUCACUGAUGACCUCCUUCUACCUGCUGAUGAAAUACAAACAAUGCCUCAUCAGUGGGUAGAAGGAAACAUACCUGCAAGCUCUCAAUGUGCAGUAUGUCAUGAAAGCUGUGGUAGUUAUCGAAGACUGCAAGAUUUCCUCUGUCUCUGGUGCAGUUUUACAGUGCAUAACGGCUGCCAGAGACGGUUUUCAAAGGAAUGUUGCUUCGGGAGUCAUCGCUCAUCAAUCGUUCCUCCCACUGCAUUGAGCGAUCCCAAAGGCAAUGGCCAACUAGUAGUAUCAUCAGACUACUGGAAUAUUGAUUGGUCAUCUGCCUGUUCAUGUCCCUUGCUUAUCUUCAUAAACUCCAAGAGUGGCGAUCAUCAAGGGAUCGUCUUCCUCUGAAAAUUCAAGCAAUACCUUAAUCCGUCUCAAGUGUUUGACCUAUCAAAAAGUGGACCUGAAGCAGGCCUGUGUAUGUUCAAGAACUUUGCUCGUUUUCAUGUUUUGGUUUGUGGUGGAGAUGGCAGUGUGAGCUGGGUCUUAUCUACGAUUGACACUUUUGGAUUGCAUGAAUGGUGUCAGCUUGCUGUUAUCCCACUUGGAACUGGCAAUGAUCUGUCCCGUGUCCUUGGCUGGGGUGCAUUCUGGAACAAAAGCAAGUCACUGCUGGACAUUCUCAAUAGAGUAGAGAAAGCUCAUGUGAGGAUUCUAGACAGAUGGAGUGUGAUGAUACGUGAGACUCCUAGGCAAUUCCCACUGCUAAAAGGACAGGUUGAAAUGGACAUACCAGGAUUUGAGUCUGCAGCUAUCCAUCACUUAGUGACUGCAACCACCGAAUUGAACAAAAUCCUGAAAGCCAAGUGCCCAAUGGAGAUAAUUAUUGCCACUAGAUUUCUGUGCUCAGCAGUAGAAGAUUUUGUGGCUGAUAUUGUAAAGGCCUGGAGUAGGAUAAAACAGAAUAAUACAACAGUAGAGUCUGUGAUUUUGAAAAGUGACUUAAUGUAUGAUAAGCUCAGUGUCCUGAUUGAUGUUUUGACUGAGGAGGCAGAAGCUACCUCUGCUGAGACAGGUGCUGCAAUACAUGCACACAGUGAUAAAGAAGAAGGAAAGCCCUUCGCCCCUCAGCUAGACCACAUAGCCAAGUCCAAAUUAGAGCUGGUCACAAGGGCCCAGAAUCUCCAGAAAUCAUUGAAACUCAUCAUAUUCCAGGUUGAACAAGUUCUGGAUGAGGAGAGCAGACAGACAAUAUCAGUCAAGAACUUUAUGUCAGCUUUCUUCCUGGGAGAUGAUGACUCAGAGGAUUUUGACCAGGCGAGCCCAAGACAUCGUUCUCAUUGUGGCACUUGGUCUUCUAUGCCUUCUCUCAAAAGUGAAGACUUAGAUAAUCUUGACUUGAAACACUUAUAUUUUACACCUGAAGCAAUAUGCUUCAAAGAAAAAUGUGUCAUGAACAACUACUUUGGAAUUGGGCUAGAUGCUAAAAUUUCUCUGGACUUCAACACUAGAAGAGAAGAACACCCAGGACAAUACAAUAGCCGCCUUAAGAACAAAAUAUGGUAUGGCCUACUGGGAAGUAAGGAACUUUUGCAGCGUUCAUACAGGAAACUGGAAGAACGAGUGCAUCUGGAGUGUGAUGGAGAAGUCAUCUCCUUGCCAAACCUGCAAGGCAUUGUAGUACUCAACAUUACCAGCUAUGCCGGAGGUGUAAAUUUCUGGGGAAGCAAUACAGCGACCACAAAAUAUGAGGCUCCUGCAAUUGAUGAUGGGAAGCUGGAAGUAGUGGCAAUCUUUGGUUCUGUGCAGAUGGCCAUGUCUCGUAUUGUCAACCUUCAUCAUCAUCGCAUUGCUCAGUGCCAGGAAGUGAUGAUAACCAUUGAUGGUGAAGAAGGUAUCCCAGUGUAGGUGGAUGGGGAGGCCUGGGUUCAAAGGCCAGGCCUUAUCAAGAUUAGAUACAAGAAUGGUGCUCAGAUGCUAAUGAGAGCUCAGGACUUUGAGAACUCAAUGAAAAUGUGGCAAUGUAAGCAUAAUGAAAUUCAAGCUGCCCUUCAACCCCAACUGUACUCCCAGGAAUCACAAGAUAGCCUCUCUGACAAGGAGUUUGUCCAGAUGCAGCACUUAGCUCGGCUUGCAGAAAACCUCAUUAGCAGACUCCAUGACCUGAGCAAGGUCCACCAGCAUGUGUCUGUCCUCAUGGAUUCUGUGAAUGCUAGUGCUAAUAUCCUGAAUGAUAUGUUUUAUGGCCAAGACAGUGUCAAUGAGGCAGGCGCUGCUUCCUGUACUCUCAUUGAGUUGAGAAAUUCUGAAGAUGAAGCUGCACUACAAACUGCCCUGGAUGCCACGAAUCAGGAGAUUGAAAAACUGCUGGCGAUUGACUGGAUGAAUCUAAUCUUUGUUCCAGUGGAAAAAUCUUCAGACACUGACAGCAGAAGUCACAGGCUGAAAGUUAAUUUCCCUAAAUUAGGGAAAAAAAUGCGAGAAGAGGAAGAAAAACCUAAAUCAAGUAGAAGAUUUCAUGGUUUUCUAGGUAAUUUGUGGCAUCACAGAAACCAUAAAGGUGAAGCAAUAGGUGAUGAUCCUCCAACACCAACAAAUUCUCAACUGUAGUCCUUGAAACCGGGAAGAACUCACACCAUUAGAAUUCUACUGAAAUUCUCAAAACCUCAAUCAAGGCUGAACUAAAUGAUUUCAGAACAAACAUGAGCACCAUCAAGA